CCGGAUGCAAGGAAACUCUCGAGCCGCUCUGUGGGUCUGUACUCCCACCUCUUAUCUCGCUCGGCAGAAGUGGCUCGUGGCUCGCAUCAUCGAAUCGAUCGGCUCUUGCGGUGGCCUUUGAUUGCGAGAUCCGGCAGCCACAGCAUUCGUUUCACAUUCUCGUCUUGGACCGGUCUGAGCAGCCCUGGCAGCCAUGGACGAGGAUGGCAGAUACUUCUGCUGAAUCUUACAUGCAACCAGGACGGCUAUACUCACGAAGACAUAGUGCGGGCUCCUAUGGUAAUCUUGAAGAUGUCGACGAGGUGGAUGCGGGGACCGCCUCACCAACAAAGCGGCGAAGCCCAGGCAAAGUGGCCCAGUUCUUCGACAAGCUGAGGCCUACCCACAAGCACAGUGGCAAUGCCAGUGCCGGACUUGCGACAGACCAAGACGCUCAAGACCCCAAUACAAAGUCGCUACGAUCUUCUCGCAACCAGAGCGGCAAGGACACUCCUGCACAGGAUGCUCAAGGCGACUUUGGACAAUUCAUCAAGGCAGCUGAACUCAAAGAGCGCCUCGAAGUGGAAAAGAUCAGAGAGGUGGAAGAAGAGUUGAAGUUGGCCAAAAAGAAGAAGAAAAAGGGAGGCAAAUCUUCGGCAGCUGCAGACCAUUCUCGGCCACCCUCGGCUGAUGCUUUGAUGCCUUCAGCGCCUCCGCUGGAGGACUCGAAGGAGUUCCCUGGGGGCUUUGGGGACGAUGCACAUCCGAGAACCAUAUUGCCCGCCGGCACUGCUCGCAAUGUGCGGCCGAAGUACUCUCCAAGAGACUCGCGACAGACUGGUACCUCCUCUUCCUUCAACGUAUGCGGGGCCGAUCUGUCUUCGGAUGAGAACGACGAGGUGGAAGACAACGUCGAUGCGUCGCCGAGAGCAACGACGGAUACACUCGUUGAUGAAGCUGGCGGCGACAACUCCGGUGAAAGGGGGGAAAAGGCGAUCCUGCAAAGAUCAGGCUCCAGCUCCUCUAUCUCAUCCAGUGGCAGUCUUGUUGGUGACUACGACGAUGCUUUGCCGAUGCGGGCAGGUCCUCAGGAGAAGAGCGCCUCCAUCGUCAGCCUCAAGAGCUGGGGCUCCUCGGCUUCACCUGACACCAAGAGCCUCGCCAGCGGAGGCGCUGAUCCUCGGCUUGCUGCUCCGCUCCUAGAGCUGGAAGAGCUAGAACUCAAGUCAUUCCUCAAGAAUUUCAACCGCCAUACACGAGAGAUCAGGGUUCCCGCUUCGGCUCAUUUCCCACGCCGCCGUAUGCCUCGGUGGGACGACUUCGUGAUUCCGCCUGGAGAGGCAGCUUUGGCUGCUCGCGAAGGCAAGCGCGUCACCGUUCUCACGCACGUGGAUCGAGGCCUGCAAACGCUGGCAAGGGAAGAAGGCGAAGGAGGCCCAGAACCUCGUCCUGCUCCGGAGCCUAGUGGCAAGAAGUCGAAGAAGCAGCUAGCCAAAAGUCACAAUGCCGCUGACGAAGAGCUUCAGCAGAAGAAGGUCACUUGGGCUCCGGAGACUGGUUUCAUGCCCGAGGGUUUGUCGACUGGACUGUCUGGCGAGGAUGAGAUCUCAGCAUCUGUCUUCGGCGGAGGGCUUCGGAAUCGAACAAUCGAAAAGAGCGAGCGCAAGGCCAAAGAAAUGGAAAGCGGCAAGGAGGGCCACACCGGCAAGUCUGGUUCCACAACGGACUCGUCGGCCAGAGCGCCCCUCACUCAUGGCUUGCUGGACACAGAUCAGGCUGGGACAUCUGAUAUCCACGACGACCGAACGGAGCUUCGGCCCUCGCGGGACACUCCUGAGGAGGCGGAACUGACAGAGGGUACCUGGGAACUCAUUGAUGGCAAUGCUGAGCAUGAAGCGAUCUAUGAUGCUUCUGGCACGGACAGAGUAGAUGGAGUCGCCUUCUGCAUCGCGUACAUCUUAGCUCUCGUCGAGAGGUAUGCUCCCGAGGAGCUAGACAACACUCCUGACCAGACGUAUCGAGAAGGUCGCGCCCGUAGCCAUCUCGAGCGACUCUACAUCAUUGCGCCCUUCUGGGAGCGGCUAGGCGGAGGUCUGCGCAAGCUCUACCGCUGGGACAAUCCUCGACGGUCAGCGACGGCUGCGAUGAUAUACUUCGUCCUCUGGUGGACUGACCUUCUACCUACAGCCUUCUUUCUGAUGCUUAUUUACUACAUUCUGCAAUUCCGCUUCUUCCCUCCUGAGGCCUCUUUCCUCCAUGAGCGCGUCCGAGAUCGGAUGGCUCGAGGAGUCGAGGCCGACAAGUUGGCGGAACGUUUGCGAAGACGCUCUCGACUGGACAUUCUUGAGAUCUAUCGGCGUUUCACGCUCAAGUACGGUCUCGAAGUACAAUUGGCAGCUGGCGAUAUCGCCGAUUUCCACGAGAAGGUCAAGAAUCUCAUUCUGUGGAGAAAUCCUCAGGCUACCUGGAGAACCCUUGCCCUCUUCUGCACCAUCACAGUCUUUGUGACCUUUGCCCCAGCCUACUACAUCUGGAAAGCCUUCUUCUUCUUUACCGGAUUCACAUUCUUCUGCCUUCUACCAUUGCAGUCUCAUUAUCCACGAUACCGACGACCUUUAUCCCCCGCAUGGUGGGCUCUAUGGGGCUCGCCUACCGAUGCGCAAUUUGCAGUACAAAUCUUGCGAAGGAGACAUCUCGAGCGGGCCCAGGCCGACCUUUCGAAAUCGAGUGGGAAGGAUGGAAGGAGAAGGAGCAGUGCUGGGGGCGGCAGAUUGGCUGGACUUCGCUCCGAGGCGGCUCAUGCGGUCAAGGGCGGCGCGAUGAGGCCCAUGAAAGAGAAGCCAGAAGAGGCUCUCUUUGGCUUGGAGGAAGAGAUCGAGGGUGAGGAUGAGAAUGGGGAGAAGCGGUUCAGACCCAAGAAGCUUGGCAGCUUCUUUUGCCAGCAUCAUGGCGUGCCAGGUCAUCUCACCAUCACCACCCGUCAAAUCUACUUCCGUGGUCUGGGCCGCUCAAAGACCUGCAAGACCCCGCUUGAAGAGGUCGCUGGGCUGGCCAAGACGAAAUCACUGCAGCUCUUUGUCUGGUAUUCGUCUGGGCUGCAGAUCGCUCGCAGCAACAAGCGCAGCCUCUUCUUCAGUAAUAUGGUCAAGCGCGACGAGUGCUUCAAUCUUAUCUUGGCCGUGGGUAGUGAAGUGUGGACGAAAUGAUAAGCCUCGUAUAUCCUGGCCAGCGUCUUCCAUCCGUCCGCCUCUCCAUCUCAGGUACGACUGACCGAGAGACAGGCAUGGGAAGCCGCCUUGUUCGGAGACUCGGACGGUCCCCUUGUCAUUGUAUCCUUCCGUAUCUCUGCUUCGCUUUGUAUAACCAUCUGUAUCAGUAGCUCCCUGCGGUGUGAUAAGCUGCCUGGAGUCACCGGGCCGGACGGGUAGCUGUUUUCGCCCUAGCACGCGGCACGGAGCAAGAACCUCAUCGGUCCCUGCGUUUCGUGCGUGCCUGGCGUGAGAGCUGCGAGGGGGACUUGGGGGGCCCGGCAAUCUCUCUGCAUGACACAAGAACGGCUCACUCCGGUCAGGACGAACCAUUGUAG